AAUGAUUCAAGAACAGCAUGUGUUCAUCCAAAUUUAGAUCCUUACCACCCCUCCUUAGCUAAAUAUUUCUACAGUAUUCCCAAAUUGCAGUGUAGGGAAGAAGAGAAUUGGGUGUACGUUGACAACGGCACGUUUUAUAUAUCGAAAAACAUUCAGAAAUUAUAUGGCGAUAUUACCUGUGACAUUUACCCCUUACUUUUCCGGGACGAUUUUCAUACUGUCGAAGGUAAUUGCAUUAAAAAUAUCAAAAAUGGAACUUUAUUACUCUCCGAUUUCUUAAGAGCAGAAUGUGACUCAAGACAAGGACGUUCUUAUACCAACAGACACAUGGGAGUUGCAUAUAAUCCGAAGAUACUCAGCAGUCUAAAGCAACCAAAGCAGCAACACGAACGCAUAGAUUUAAAUGUUUUUAUCUUUGGAUUGGAUUCCGUUUCCCGAAUGACAUCCAUAAGAAAACUUCCUAAAUUUAGAGAUUAUUUUUUGAACAUUUUAAAAGGAAUAGAAUUAGAGAACUAUAAUAUUGUUGGAGACGCUACUCUUACCGCACUUGCACCCAUGUUAACGGGGCUUUUAUUGGGAGAGCUAGGGGAGGUUAGAAAGGGUUUCAAGGGAGCGACAACAUUUGACGAAAAGCCUUUAAUAUGGAAAGACUUUAAACGAGCAGGUUAUGUUACUCUUUGGGCCGAUGAUGUCCCUGGACUCGGUUGUUUUCAGUCUAAGUUUACGGGAUUUCAGAGUCCACCUACAGAUCAUUACCUAAGACCUUUCUAUGUCGCAGCGGAUUUUGAAUUGGAAUAUGGAGUAAUGCCGUUGUUAAGGUCAUAUUUACAUUCCUUCCUAAGUUUGUUUAUGAAGGACCCACCUAUCAAUCGACCAUUUUGUUAUGGUUCUAAACCUAAACAUAUUUAUUUUAUGGAAUAUCUUAAAGAUAUGUUCAAAGUGUACGGAUCCAAGAGAAAGUUUAUGUUUGGUUUCCACAGUGAAAUCAGUCAUGACAAUAACAAUAAUAUCGAAUAUAUGGAUGAAGAUAUUGUUGAGCUAUUGACAUAUUUAGAAAGCAGUGGACAUCUAAAUGAAACUUUGUUAAUAUUUAUGAGUGACCAUGGAGCCAGGUUCGAAAACUUUCGGUCAACAGUUCAGGGUAAACAGGAGGAAAGAAUGCCCUUUUUUUCCUUCAGAUUUCCGCCAUGGUUUGAACGUGUGUAUCCCGAAAUUAUUAGGAAUUUCAAAAUCAAUGCACAUCGAUUAACUACCCCUUUGGAUAUAUAUGAAACUCUCAAAGAAAUCCUUAAUUUUACUGGAACAGGAAUGGGAAACGUUUCAAAGCGGGGAAUUAGUUUAUUCAAAGAAAUUCCCAAAGAACGUACAUGUCUGCAUGCAGGAUUAAGCACACAUUGGUGUGCAUGUUUAGACUGGCAACCCGUGGAACAGUCACAUGUUUUAAUACGGGUGAUAUAUACGGUGAUUUCAAAAUUAAAUGAAUUAACUUCAGAAAUGCGUAAAAAAUGUGCUUUACUGCGAAUAAAACGUGUUUUAAAAAUCCUAAAAUAUAGUCCACAUGCCGAUCUAUUGAACCUUUAUUCUGUAUCGAACUGGAAAAUAAUAUCUUACCAGGUAAUUAUGACUACAGAACCUGGUAAUGGUUAUUUUGAAUCGACUGUGCAACACGACUUAGAUAGAAAUAUAUUGACUUUAAAUGAAAAGGAUAUUAGUAGAGCAAACGCUUACGGUACUCAACCACGAUGUAUAUCUGAAACUCAGCCUGAUUUAAUAAAAUACUGUUAUUGUAGUUAAACCGUUAAUUCCCCAAAAGCACGGAACUAUCGACUGGUUGUGUGUGUGUGAUUUGUUGUACAUAUAUGGACCGGGUAUAGCUUUCAAUUCCAUCAGCUACUUCGUCCGACCCAACAAAAAGUUCAAAUUUACACGUUUCCUAGAGACAGAAUAAUUAAUGGACCCGCCACUGAUAAGGAUCCUAGAAAAAAAAGAUAAUGUUGGAAGACGAAGUCUUAAGAAAUAUAUUUAAUUUAAUAUCACUAAAACAAUAUGCGUAUAAAAUGACAAAUAAUCUAAAGGUUUUAUUGUUAUAUUGUUAUAUACAAAAUCAUGUCUCAAAAAGUGCACAUGUAAACAGAAUAGUUAAAAAAAAAACCCCAGAUGUAUUUCCUGAAUAAAUAAUAACUUGCCUAUCAAUGGAUAUAAUUGAUUAAAAUAGACA